CUAUCUUUGACCAAUCAAGCUGUAACUACUUUACCAAUUCUUAGAUAGAGAUAGCUGUAAUAGCACGCCACCUUUCCUCAUAUGUAAUUCCUUCUUCUUCCUCCUCAAUAAACUCCAUUUUGCCAGAUUACUCUACCCAGGGCCUUACAAGUGGUAUCAGAGCCUAUAAUCUGGCAAUGGCUACCAACACCACACGAAUCCUUGUUUUGGAAACUCAAAUGGCGGCCAUCAAGCAGCAGAUUAACUCACGGCACCGGGAUCUGAAGGCCGCCAUUGCUGCUCUUGCGGCUUCGACGAAGGCCUCCAUUGAUGCUCUUACUGAUUCGUUGGAGCAACGACGAGAAGAUUCUACGGUUUGUUCUCCAUGGCACGCGACUCCCAAUCAGUUUGCCGAUCUACAGCAGUUCAGUCUGCCACCACGCCGGUCGUUGAUUCUGGAUCCUCAUGUGUGGGUUCCUUCUUCCACCGUCUCCGGGCAACCUGCCUUGAUCGCCGACCACCAGGUUCCUUCUCCAACCUUCAAUUGGGUUUCUCCCCUAUCUAACCCAACACCGACAUCCCUAAUUCCUUCUGUUGUUUUUUCUUCGGGAAUUCAAGACCCAAAUCAUUCGUUCCCACCACCUUUGGCUCCGUUGCCUUCUCCUUCGACAGUUGUUGUAUAUCCAAUCGAUUCUUGUGCUUAUUCUCCUGUUGGUUCGUCGACUUCUGAACCCUCAAAUCUGUUGGAUAAUUCUCCUUUGCUGGAGAAGACUUCUACUCCUCAAAUCCAUUCAUUUCUCAGCCCGGCCAUUCACACUUCAUCCACUGGGGAUCCUAACGUCCUAUGUGCACGGAAGUUCCAAUUGUCCUUUACGCUCGUGUUUGGGAGCACUGGCACCAGUUGUAAUACUUUUUCUAUUGGAGUUUUCUUCCCUGCAAUGUAUGAUGCUGAAUUUUGGUACUGCCACACUCAAUUGAGGGACUCUGAAUGGGAUUACGGUGUUCAACUCUGUCAUGGUUAUUGUGGGAAUUGUGUGGUUUCUACAGGGAGGGGCAACUGUCCUUGCUUUAAGGAGCCAUAUAAGGACUAUUGCUAUGCUUACACACCUCCUGUUAAGAAACCAGAACUGCCUAAGCCUUAUCUGGGCUUGAAGUUUUUUACUCUUGGCGAAAUGUAUCGGAGGAGAGGAGUUAAGAUUCCAGGCGGAAUCCUUCUUUGCGGGUCCCCUAGUGUUGGGAAGACCCAACUAAGUAAAGUUGUGGCUGGCGAGGCAGGCGUCACUUUCUUCUCCACUUCUGCUUCUCAAGUUGUGGAAAUAUGUAUUGGGGUUGGCGCUUCUCGUGUUCGAUCACUUAACCAAGAAGCAAGGGAAAAUGCUCCAUCAUUGGUCUUCAUUGAGGGAUUGGAUGUUGUUGGAAGAGAACGUGGUCUGAUUAAUGGUUCUGGUGGGCAAGAACGUAAUGCUACUCUGAACCAGCUCCUAGUAUGCCUGGAAGGAUUUGAAGGGCGAGGUGACGUGAUCACCAUUGCUGCCACAAAUAGACAAGAUAUUCUAGAUCCAGCACUUGUGCGUCCCGGUCGGAUUGACAGGAAAAUCUACAUCCCUAGACCUGGUCGCAUAGCUUGCAUGGAAAUCCUUAAGGUUCAUGCUAGUAAGAAGCCUAUGGCUGAGGAUGUGGACUACAUGGCUGUAGCUAGUAUGACUGAUGGGAUGGUCGGUGUUGAGCUUGCAAACAUAAUUGAAGUUGCGGCCAUUAACAUGAUGCGUGAUGGCAGAAAUGAGAUUACCACUGAUGACUUUUUACAAGCUGCACAAAUAGAAGAGAGAGGAAUGUUGGAUAGAAAGGACAGAAGCACUAAGACUUGGAAGAAAGUAGCUAUCAAUGAAGCUGCCAUGGCUGUUGUGUCCUUGACCUUUCUAGAUUUCAGGGAUAUCGAAUUCGCAACAAUAUCUCCCCGAGCGGGAUUGGCUGGAUUGAUUAACACUUGCAGAAUGGUGUCACAACACCCAUUAUCAUGUCAGUUUGCAGCAGUCUCCCUUUGGAGCCUUAUACGGGUCCCCCCCUUCCUUCUUCGGUCUUGGUUCCAUCACUCCUACACCUGUUGGGCUGUUGAAGAGAGGGUGGUCACUCAGCAGCCACGAGUCCAAUUCCUUACUCACAACAUUGCCAAAUCACAGUACAAACAGAAGAUCAGAGCGUGUUUUGCAGGUUGGGGACUGGGUUUACCUUCGUCUACAACCUUAUCGACAGAGGUCUGUGGUUGGAAGACACGUUAUUUUGGGCCUUUCAAGGUGUUAAGCAAGCUCAAGCUCUGCAGAUCUAUUGUUCCUCCUGCUACUCUCCACUUGCCUGCCGCGGAUGACAAUGGCUCCUUGAAACUGGCCCCUGCUCGAAUUUUAGCACUCCGGUUUGUUAACCAGGACAAUCGGGAUGUGACACAAGUGUUGGUUCAAUAGACAUAUCAAACAUCAGAGGAAGCUACAUGGGAGGACUUUUCCAGUUUCAAAGUACAGUUCUUCGCUUUCCCAGCUUGAGGACAAGCUGUUGCUAAAGGGAGAGGGUUUGUAACAACCCGGCGAUAGCUGGCAGAGUGACGUGUAAAGUGAAGUCAAGUAUAGAGUGACGUGUAAAGUGAAGUCAAGUAUAAAAGGAAGGAGAUCUCUCUGUAAUCAUCUAUCUUUGACCAAUCAAGCUGUAACUACUUUACCAAUUCUUAGAUAGAGAUAGCUGUAAUAGCACGCCACCUUUCCUCAUCUGUAAUUCCUUCUUCUUCCUCCUCAAUAAAGUCCAUUUUGCUAGAUUACUCUACCCAGGGCCUUACAGCAAGCUUGCUCCCCAAGCUGAUAUUUUCCUAUAAAAUAACACCUUGGAC